AUGGUUUCAAUUCUUCGGAGGAUGAGGGCCUUGAAAGCUAGGCUUCUUCAUAUCAGAGUCGGUCUCGGAGCUGCAGUUUUACCCGCUCAAUCGGCCAAUGGAACUUCGACCAUACCCCAAGUUACUCGACUCCAUCUUACAUAUUACAAGAAUAUGCAUGAGGGCCAUCACGGAGCCCGAAGAUUCUGGCGCUUAUGUUUGCCCCGAUUAAAAUAUUACAACCCUGGUGUGGGGAUGACCGUUAAACAACUAGAUGACGAAGCUGGACCUGCAAUAUUAUCCAUAUACUCGGCCAAACCUUCCGACGGAUCGGCUGCGGCAACAACGGGGGCUCUUGAUAGCUAUGCUCCGCCCCCGACGGAGUCGGAGAUAGUCAAGGCCAUCGAUGUGAAAGGCAAGGACGUUGAACAAAUAUGGGCAGCCUUUAAAGCAGCAACUAAGGCCGAGAAUGUGCCGGUAGCAGAAGAAGAUAAGAAAGAGAUGGAAUUACAAGAGCAAUUGAACGCCCAGAGUGAAAUCGAUCGACAGCGAGUGGCCAUGGUUCGCAAGGCGAAAAAGGACCAGGAAGCCAUGUUGGAGGCUGCAAAGGCAGCAGUUGCCAAACAGAGGGAGGAGUAA